UAGAGCUUCGGGGUCAGCCCAACUGUAGUUUAGCGGAAAAUCUCAAUCAACAAGUUACGCUUCUUUGACGAGAAGUAUAGAAGAAUCCAGGAUCGAGGAACAGAGGCAUAGCGAUUCAGAUUUCUGGAGGUGCUUCUUUGGGCCUAAAGUAGCAGAUUUUCGCAGUUACCAUGAUUACUGUAUAUGAUAUUCUCUUCUGUCGAUAAGCCACUGCAAUAUCAUUCAAAGCAAAUAAAGGAAAUAUGAAUGAUGGAGAUGUUGAGCUUUCAGAUGGUUUCUUAUUGUCGAAUCCAGAAUCGUCGAGCAAUGUUCAGUCUUCAACAUCCAUGAAUAAAAUCAAUGAAUUCUUGAGGAACACCAGAACAUGCACCCAUACUCACACUUGCAACCCUCCUGGCCCAGAUGCAGCACAUACCCACACAUGUUACCACACACACACCCAAGUCAUUGCGUCUGAAGAAGAUGAUCAUACAGAUGAUAAGGAGCAUACCAACACAAAACGAAAACGGCCUUCGGGUAAUAGAGAAGCUGUUCGAAAGUAUAGGGAGAAGAAGAAGGCACAGACUGCUUACCUAGAGGAGGAAGUUAAGAAAUUGCGUCUGCAGAAUCAGCAAUUAGUUAGGAAGCUACAAGGGCAUGCACAUCUUGAAGCUGAGGUUUUGAGGUUGAGGAGCAUCCUGGUUGACCUCAAGGGAAAAAUUGACAAUGAGUUGGGUGUUUUCCCCUAUAAAAAGCAGUGUAAUGGCUCUUCCUCAAUCUUUAAAGAGGGGCACACCAACAUGCUGCCCACAGACCGCGGGACUGAUCUUCAGUGUCAGACCAAUUUCCAAUGCUUUGAUCAACAGGCAGGAUUAUCAUCUCAGGUUGGUACCUGUGGAAAUGAAAAUUUUAUGAUUCCAUGUGAAGGGAAC